UUUGUUGCAUCCUGGGCUCACGCCAUUGUGGAACUGCCUCUUCGUUUUCCAAGUCUCUUUCCAGCUGUUGACAGCCUAGUUAAUUCAACUACUGGGGCUCUUAGUAACGCCCUGACCCAAUCUGUCCCUGAUGGAAAGCAUAUUUCCGAAUAUCUGACAUCUGCAGGCAAAGUUCAGCAUCAGCUAUCCAUGUCAUUUGCUCGCUGUGAGGCAGAAAUCUUGUUCACAGAUGCACCCACAGCCCGAGAUGCAGCACGACAUCGAUCUACAAAAGGAAAAGGAGCUGGUGCAUGGCUGAACGCAAUCCCGACUUCAGAAGUGCUCGCACUAAAUUCUUACGAGUAUCGUUUAGCGUCCUUGCUGAGGUUGGGCUUGCCCAUUCCACUUUCUGACUGGAUGACAACAUGCAACUGUGGUGCCUCCCUGGACAGCAGUGGGUACCAUCUGCUAACAUGCAAAACCGGUGGAGGGCCAGUUUGGUCGCACGAAUCGCUUGCAUCAGUCUGGUCUGAUUGCCUGCGGGAGCUGCACAUCCAUCAUCGAAGGGAACCGAGGCAUCGGUAUGCCAAUUCCAAUGACCGGCCAGACAUUGUAGCCUUCGACUCAGACUCUGGGUGCAAUGUGGAUCUGGACAUAGCUCUAGCACACCCAUGGAGCUCGGACAUCUUCCCUAGAUCUUCGGAAACAGAUGGCGCCGCUGCUGAGAGAAGAGAGGAGAGAAAAAAGUCAAAAUACGAGAAGGAAUGUCUACCAGGUGGAACUGCUGUCAGUCUCAUUCCUCUGGUUAUGGAGCAUUUUGGACGCUGGGGUGUCAUGGGAAGAAACUUCCUGCAGAAACUAUAUUGA